GCACAUGCUCAUUACCUAAUGAAUCUAAUGGCAAGCUCACACAAUAGGAUUGCAAAAACUACCAACUACACGAGGUUUCUUCUCAUCUGUCGUUGUCUUGUCCUCCUUGUCAUAGCUGCUUGCAUACACAAUGCAAACGAGACUCUUGAAGGUGGAGGAUACUACACACACCAGAAGAUGAAGUUUAAUGCUUUAUGUUUGUGUAUUGCUGGAGUCAUACUUCUCAAUAUAUCAGGUUCAUCUUGCCAGUCAAAUGUGUGUGGCCAAGCCCCGCUUAACACCAAAAUUGUUGGAGGGGAGGAUGCAUCUGCAGGGUCUUGGCCCUGGCAAGUAAGCAUACAAAGUAACACCUAUGGAGGCCAUUUCUGUGGUGGGAGUCUCAUCAGUCCGUCCUGGGUUUUAUCUGCAGCUCACUGCUUUCAGAGCGUUUCUACAAAUACCAUUGUGGUGUACAUUGGACGUCAAAGCCAAACAGAUUCAAACCCAAAUGAAAUUUCCAGCACAGUGUCUCAAGUUUUCACACAUCCUUCCUAUUCAAGUUCUUCAGAAGACAAUGACAUAGCUCUCCUUCGGCUCUCAUCUCCUGUGGAGUUCAGUAAUUAUAUUCAGCCCGUCUGUCUGGCUGCUGCAGGUAGCACGGUUGGUGAAGGUACAAUGACCUGGAUCACAGGAUGGGGAAAACGUAAUCCUAACUCCAACCAACUCCCCGCCAUCCUGCAGGAAGUGGAGAUACCAAUUGUGAGUGACAGUACUUGCAAAAAUGCCUAUGCAGAUCUCACAGACAACAUGAUAUGUGCUGGAUUAAGUCAGGGAGGAAAAGACUCAUGUCAGGGGGAUUCUGGAGGGCCACUGGUAGUUAAGAUUGACACCCAGUGGAUUCAGUCUGGAAUUGUGAGUUAUGGUCAAGGCUGUGCUGAACCUGAACUUCCCGGUGUGUACACAAAAGUCUCCAAUUACGAGGACUGGAUUAUCUCUCACAUAAGCAGCGACCAACCUGGUUUUGUUCAGUUCUCCUCCAAUAGCCCUAGCAGCUACUCAUCCAACUACUUUGUAUUUAUCAUGUCCCUCAUAUAUACUAUUAUUACUCUAUUAUUCCAUUAUUAAAUUUUGAGGGUUUUUUGUGUUGUUAAUAAGCUAUUAAUAUAUUAUUUCAUUUAAUUUAAAUCUACCUUUUUAAAGGUGCAGUGUGUAAAUUUUUGUGCCAUCUAGUGGUGAGGUUUCCCAUUGCAACCAACGGCAUAGUCACCUGCUCCCCCCUCACUUUUGAAACCCAUAGAGAAGCUACGUUAGCCGCCACGGGACAAACAUGUAAUCGUCGGAGACAACUUAGUAAAAAAAGUUUGUCCAUUAAGGGCUUCUGUAGAAACAUGGCGGCACAAAAUGGCGACUUCCAUGUAAGGGGACCCUCCAUGUAUGUAGAUAAAAACAGCUCAUUCUAAGGUAAUAAAAACAUAACGCUUUAUAAAGAAAGGUCUUUAUACACCCCUGAUUAUAUAGUUUUGUAUAUUAUUUUGCAUUUCUGUAAAGAGAUUCUUCUGAAAAUUACACACUGCACCUUUAAAAUUUCAAAUGUUUUUUUCUUUCUUUUCAACGAGAGAAUGUUUGCUAUGUGUAAAGUCAGAAUGCAUAACUAAAUCUUAACUUUAAACCAGGACUGGUAUUUUAACUUAUUUUUAUUAACUUAUGAUGUUAACAGACAAUAUUGUUAUACUUCAUCUCUGAGUCUGACAAACAGUUGAAAAGCUCAAAAUAACCAAAUUGUCGAAAAUGUAUUUAACUUUAAUUCUAAACUGAAUAAAUGAUAUUUAUAUUUAAAAAAGACAUUGGCUUGGAAAGUCUUUGUCUUUCUGUAUGUUGUGUAGAACAUAGUGUCAGAUUACACCAUGGGCAAAUAUGAUAACAACGAUUGUUGCGUGACUUGCAUCUAGAUAUACAAGAACUCGCUGAAACUUUUUGUCACAGGGAAUGUUGGAUCAGCAGAUCUCUACUAGCCGAAAAUGUAUCCUACUGCGCAUGCUUUGGGCCAAUCAAAAUGUUUUUUUUGUUAUACCUGAUCAUCCAGUCCUGUCAAACAUAAACAGCCACCUACAUGCAUCUUGCAUGACAAUUACUCUGGCAUCUUUUCUCCACCCCUGUUCACACACUGACUUAAUUUUAUCCACUUUUCUUUAGCCCAGGGGUUUAGCUUAGAGAUUGUGACGUAAUUCAGGUCCUACCUCCACCUUCUAGGAAAGCAAGUCGGAUUUGUUUACUGUUACUAAAGACUAGGUGAAUUUGUGUAGAUUUCAGUAAUACUUUGUGCAUUUCACUCAAUAAGUGACAUAAUACAACAUUGAUAAUAACAUUCUUUAAGAUGAUCCUAGUUGAGGAAAUAUUUUAUUAUUUUACCAUUGACAGAGAAAAUCCAAACAUGCAAAUGAAAUUUGUAUAUCUUUAGAGGCCAUUAUGUGUAAUAAGAUGGAAGAUGGAAUAUUUAGAGUUAUUUUGAGUCCAUAAAAUAAGAAAUAAAUGUAGCAUAUUUUGCAUUCCUUAUAUUUAAUGAAAUUGCAUGGUGUGAUGACACAUUACAUUUGACCCGUAAGCACUUGAGAUAAUCUUGUAUUUAUUUGUUCAGACAGGCCACAUAUAUCCCAGACCAUACAGCCACCUCAUUUUCAUUUUAAGGUGAA